AUGUUGUCAGAUAUGAAAGUCACCACUCACCAAGCAGGUCUCUCGAGCUCUCAGGGACUGCAAUUCCACCCAUCGGAUACGCCGUCGAGUCCUAGAGACGAUGUCGAAAAACAAAUAAACAACAAGCCCCAGGAUACCCCCGACAAAAAAUCUUCAUUCCAAAGUCUUGGCUGGUUAGAUCGGUUUCUGGCCUUGUGGAUCUUUCUCGCAAUGGCCAUCGGGAUCAUACUGGGCAAUUUUGUGGAAAACACGGGCCCUGCGCUGCAAAAGGGCAAAUUCGUCGGGGUGUCUAUUCCAAUCGCAAUCGGUCUUCUGGUCAUGAUGUACCCCAUCCUGUGCAAAGUACGAUACGAAUCUUUGCACCAUAUUUUCCGACAGCGUGGGAUCUGGAUCCAGAUUGCAUUUAGCAUUGUGGUUAAUUGGAUUAUCGCACCUUUCUUGAUGUUGGCGCUGGCGUGGGCUUUCUUGCCGGAUGAACCAGAACUUCGAGAGGGUUUAAUUCUAGUCGGACUGGCCAGGUGUAUUGCCAUGGUUCUCAUAUGGACCGGCCUCGCUGGCGGUGACAGUGAAUACUGCGCCAUCCUUGUUGCCAUAAAUUCACUCCUGCAGAUGGUGCUUUUCGCCCCUUUAGCCAUUUUCUUCAUCAAGGUCAUUGGCCACUCAGGCAGCCAUAUCACAUUAUCAUAUGCCACAGCCGCGAAAAGCGUGGCUGUGUUCCUCGGCAUCCCAUUAGGUGCUGCGAUAAUCACCCGCAUUACCCUUCGAAGGAUCACCAGCCCGCGCUGGUACGACCAGGUUUUCCUGAAGUGGGCAGGUCCGUGGUCUUUGAUUGGGCUUCUAUUCACGAUCCUCGUGCUAUUCGCCUCUCAGGGCCGCCAGGUGGUUCAUCAGAUUGUAUCCGUGGUCCGAGUUGCCGCGCCCCUCGUUGUAUAUUUCAUCGUUGUCUUUUUCGCUACUCUUCUUGUGACUUACAAGCUUGGGUUUGGCUAUAAGUUAGCUGCUACUCAGAGUUUUACUGCUGCCAGCAAUAAUUUCGAGCUUGCUAUUGCUGUCGCUGUUGCAACUUUUGGUGCUGACAGCAAUCAAGCACUUGCUUCUACUGUUGGGCCGUUAAUUGAAGUUCCAGUGCUGCUUGGACUUGUCUAUGUUGUCAAAUUCAUAGCUAAACGAGUUGGUUGGACGGAUUGA